GCGCUCUGUUGGUGCUCAUGCAAAGUCUGGCUCUCGGCCGAACUCCUCACUCAUCCACACUCUCGUCAUCCUUCUCCCGAACUCUGAUCGGUGCUGCACAGUCUGCUCGGCCUAGAGCUGCAGGCCUAGCGACGUGCAUUGCGCUGCGCUCUCGAGACAUCACACAUUCCGUCUCCCCUAGACUCUUCACUUCUCUCUGCAGUCUACGCACUGUCGCUUUUAGUGCUGUUCCUCGCUGCCUGCAUUGGCCCGUCUCGAAGUACACCUCGAGGCCGAGCUCCGUGAUUCAAACUUGCAUCACCUCCUUUCCCUUACCGCCCCUCGCUCGAGUAGGCUCUGGAACUGAGGUGUAGUGUAGCAUAGCGUAGUACAAAGUUCACGUUGCCAUCAUGUUCUUUUCGAAAGCAGAAUGAUUCACAGCAUCUGACGCCCAAGCUGCCGAGAUAGCUUAAAAGGAAUUUGCCGGAGAUCAGUUGCACAGGUUACAGGAGCAGCUAGUUCGUGGAAGCAUUUUGUUUUCUGAGCGACGAAUUACGGACACGCCAUUCCAUUCUACUCUUCUUCGCGGGCGUGCGGCGCUGCAUUCGGGGAACUCGUGACGAAUACAAGCAGGAAGUAUGGGAAGGAGCCUUGCGAUGAGCGCAGCGAGGCGAGUGCGCCUGGCUGUGUCUGGGCAAUCGGUGUAUGAUACUCCAGCCUUGCUGAAGCAGUCAAAGAAUUACGACUACGAGAAGGUGAGCCUGGCAAACGCCGAAGGCAGAGCACCGAGGUCCGCUCGACUUGGAGGCAAGAGUCGGAUCCGCAUUGCAGGCCUCCAAGGACUUCUCCACACUCCGGGCAAUAUAUUUUCCAGACUCCGUGCAUCGUAUGGAAAAUUGCGCGAGACUGCUAAGGAAACCAACGUCAACGUGUACGAUCUGUUCGUGGGCAACCAAAUGUUGAUGCACGUGUGUGCCACCCCAAUGAGGGCUCACAAGACGAAGACAGUCACAGCAGCUCCCGUUCCCGUUCUGCCAGCCCGCAAUUCCAAGGCCUCGAAAGCGUCAGUGCCCUUGAGCUUCCGCGUUGGCAGGUCAGGUUCGUUCAGGCGCAGGUAAUGCUGCUACAUUCACUUGUUUUCAGGGCAGAACAUUUCGCCUGAACCAGAUUCUCUGCUCGAAAGAUAAACACCGUCGCCCACUGCCUGACUGCCGAAUGGAAAGCACAAAUGCCGACGAACGGAGCCAUCCGAAAGCUGUGAAGGCUAGCUACCUCACAGGAAGGUCGAUGAUGGCUGACUGAUCGAUCUCUUAUGGCUGCUCUCGGCACUCAGAACCCGCCUCGAACGCUGUCGAGCUGUCGAGCUGAGCUGAACACAAUCGAGUCUCAGCGCUGUACAGAGAUAUCCAGUGCAGUCCAUUCAUGAUGCAGCUCGGCUUCAUUGCUCCGGUUGCCAUUGCAGUUUGGAGAGAAACGAGAUCAUUUUAUGGCAUGGAACGAGACAACGUGGGUUGACAUGAAUUCCCGGCAGCACACUCACUCAAUGUGCUUUGAAUCGAGGAAGUUUCAUCUGGUCACUGAUUCAUUCGUGGCCGUUGCUUCUGCCCAAGCCAACGUAACAUAUGGUUCCGUGGACUGAGGGGGAGGGAACUCCACACGCCAUUCUCGAGAGGGAGUGUCUGUCUGUACAUACUUUCCGUGACAGUCGGUCUCGGGAUGAAGAUUUCGUAUCAGAGUACAUAGUCUGAUGACAACUUUCACAAGAAGUCCGUCUCUAUCGAAUGGUUUGCUGGAAGCUCUGGCCUUAGAUUUUCGCAUCAAGUUUGGAGGAAAGGCAGUUUGGAGAAGAUCCCUUCAUCACUCUGUGACUUCAGCAGUCCAUGUAUCACGAUGGAUGCGCGGGAAUGCAAAUAAAAAAAUAAAAUUGAUGCUCCUUUAUCGA